GCUGAUUUAUUCUGAAUCACUCAAAAUUCCAAUAAAAUUAUACAAAGAAAAAUGAAAAAAAAUUACGUAAUAUAAUAAUUUUUAAAAAUUAAAUAAUGAAUGCUAUAAAUAGACCAAAUUAUGUGGAGCAAUAAAAGAGGAGAAAAACCAACAAACUACUUGUAAUUCUUGAAGAAUACAAAGCAGACAUUGUUGAAAAGUGGCCAUUUUUGCAAGAAGCCAAGAAAUAGGUUAUUUCUUUGUUUGAUAGUGGAAGUAUACUCUAGUGGGAAUCUACUAGGAGUUACUUAUUUUCUAUAAAGAAGACAAAAACCUUGGAGUUGCUUUAGACAACCAAGGUUUUUCUUGUUCAGAAUGUCUGUUGCCUUGUUAUGGGUUGUUUCUCCUUGUGACGUCUCAAACGGGACAGGAUUCUUGGUAUCCGUUCGUGAGGGAAACCGGAUUUUUGAUUCGUCGGGGCGUAGGAAUUUGGCGUGCAAUGAGAGAAUCAAGAGAGGAGGUGGAAAACAAAGGUGGAGUUUUGGUUCUUACUUGGGAGGAGCACAAACUGGAAGUGGACGGAAAUUUUCUGUACGUUCUGCUAUCGUGGCUACUCCGGCUGGAGAAAUGACGAUGUCAUCAGAACGGAUGGUAUAUGAUGUGGUUUUGAGGCAGGCAGCCUUGGUGAAGAGACAGCUGAGAUCGACCGAUGAGUUAGAUGUGAAGAAGGAUAUACCUAUUCCGGGGACUUUGGGCUUGUUGAGUGAAGCAUAUGAUAGGUGUAGUGAAGUAUGUGCAGAGUACGCAAAGACGUUUUACUUAGGAACGAUGCUAAUGACUCCGGAGAGAAGAAAGGCUAUCUGGGCAAUAUACGUAUGGUGCAGGAGAACAGACGAACUUGUUGAUGGUCCGAAUGCAUCACACAUUACUCCGGCGGCCUUAGAUAGGUGGGAAGACAGGCUAGAAGAUGUUUUCAGUGGACGGCCAUUUGACAUGCUCGAUGCUGCUUUGUCCGACACAGUUUCCAAAUUUCCAGUUGAUAUUCAGCCAUUCAGAGAUAUGAUUGAAGGAAUGCGUAUGGACUUGAGGAAGUCAAGAUACAGAAACUUUGACGAACUAUACCUAUAUUGUUAUUACGUUGCUGGUACGGUUGGGUUGAUGAGUGUUCCAAUUAUGGGCAUCGCACCUGAAUCAAAGGCAACAACGGAGAGCGUAUAUAAUGCUGCUUUGGCUUUGGGGAUCGCAAAUCAGCUGACCAACAUACUUAGAGAUGUUGGAGAAGAUGCCAGAAGAGGAAGAGUCUAUUUGCCUCAAGAUGAAUUAGCACAGGCAGGUCUAUCCGACGAAGACAUAUUUGCUGGAAGAGUGACCGAUAAAUGGAGAAUCUUCAUGAAGAAACAAAUUCAGAGGGCAAGAAAGUUCUUUGACGAGGCAGAGAAAGGAGUGACCGAAUUGAGCGCAGCUAGUAGAUGGCCUGUGUUGGCAUCUCUGCUGUUGUACCGCAGGAUACUGGACGAGAUCGAAGCCAAUGACUACAACAACUUCACAAAGAGAGCUUAUGUGAGCAAACCAAAGAAGUUGAUUGCAUUACCUAUUGCAUAUGCAAAAUCUCUUGUGCCUUCUACAAGAACAUGAAAUCAGGAUUUUAUAUAAAUCAAGGCCAAUGAAGCCAAUAUACAUUUAGAAGAAAAAAAACAAGUGUUUAUAAAGUAGAAUUAUUGAAGGGGAGGCUUGGAGUAACUGGUAAAGUUGUUGUCAUGUGACUGGGAAGUCACGGGUUCAAGCCUUGGAAACAGCCUCUGGCAGAAAUGCAAGGUAAGGUUGCGUACAAUAUACCGUUAAGGUGGGGUCCUUCCCAGUACACCGCGCAUAGCGAUAGAUUUAGUGCACCGGGUCGCCUUUUUUCUAAAGUAGAAUAAUUGUUGUAUUCAUGUCAAUGUAUAUCAUCAAAAUUAGGUGGUAGUAAAAUCCAAUGUAACAAUCUCCCACUUUCACCAGUUAUUCACUCCGCACUUGGCUACUCAGUGUCUUGCUAUGGGCACGAAAACUGGUUCGCCGAAUUAAAACACACUAAAUGAAUGGAUAAAACUUAUAGCA